CCCCGACCAGGCUACACAUCUGGAAUUCUCACUUCCCGACCAGUCAGCCUUCCAAGAGGAGUGAAUGGAAGCACAAAUCCUCCAUCAGGAUGGUCGUCAGCACUUUCUCCCGCUCAGAGAAAGAUUUACACCUCGAAUACCUCCAGACCUCUCCCAGUUAACGGUGGACCAGCGCUUCUUAAUGACUCAAGGGAUGGAGCAUUUUCAUAAAUGCCGAUUGGUAUUGAUAAGAAUAAGGCACAAAGCAUCCAAUUUCGUUAGCUCUCUGUUGCCUCCUUUUGUUGUGUGA